AUGGCGGCCUCCACGAACAAGCAGGAUGUCCAGGAGAGAGUGAGAGAACUCUUCGACUUCAUAGAAAAGCAGGGCCAGGCCGAUUAUAUCGGCGAAGCAGUGUCACAGCUCCAGCACUCUUUGCAGGCGGCGCAGUACGCGGUAGAUUCCCAUGCAGACGACGAUACUGUUUUGGGCGCGCUACUCCAUGAUAUCGGACGCUUCAUACCAGCCUCGGAGAAAAUGCCGGCGCAGAUUGCUGCAGAUGGAACCUUCGUGGGUCGAGCCAGCCAUGAAAUCAUUGGGGCUCAAUAUUUGAAGCAGCUUGGCUUCAACGACAAAGUCUGCCAGCUGGUCGAGGCGCAUGUUAUGGCCAAGAGAUACCUGGCCACUGAUCAAGACUAUUACAACAGUCUCAGUAAGUCCAGCAAGGCAACGCUCAGGUACCAAGGUGGUAUCUUCAACGACGCACAGAAGCGUGAAGCGGAAAAGGAUCCUUACCUGCAAGAUAAGCUUAUGGUCCGCCGAUGGGAUGACCUAGCUAAAGACCCUGACGCUGUCACGUUGCCUCUCAGCUACUACGAAGACAUGGCUGUCAACAGCCUCAUGCGCACACCUCAUGGAUGA